AUGUCUGCCGUUAAAAGUGCAAUGAUCAAGUUAGUUGUGGGUGCCGGUAAGGCUGCUCCUGCUCCUCCAGUUGGUCCAGCUUUAGGUUCCAAGGGGGUUAAAGCUAUUGAUUUUUGUAAAGAAUUCAAUGCUCGUACUGCUCAUUAUAAUCCAGGAACUCCUAUACCAGUAGUGAUCCAAGUUAAACCAGAUAGAUCAUUCACAUUCGAGAUGAAGUCUCCUCCAACUUCAUGGUUAUUGAUGGAAGCUGCUAAAAUUUCAAAAGGUGCCGCUAAAGCAGGUAAAGAAAGUGUAGGAGAAAUUAGUUUAAAACAUGUUUAUGAAAUUGCAAAGAUUAAGAAGACUGAUGAUAGACAUAAGAAUGUCGAAUUGAAAUCUAUUGUUGGUGCUGUAUUGCUGACUGCUAAAGUCAUUGGUGUUAAUGUCGUUCCAUAA